AAUAAUAUUUAUAUUCCUUGACAAUAAAAUCAGCAGUGCUCUACAAAGGCGAGAACGUCGAGCAGCUGACCGACAUCUUUUUUGUGAAGACAUUACAAACAUUUUGCUUGUAAGUUAGCAAACUGAUGUUAAUAAUGCACCUGUCUCUCAGAACUGAAGUUGUUGCGCUUGUUAUUACGUCACAUGGUUAAUAUAUGGCCCGUGUACACUCCAGUACAGUAGGUGGCAGAUAUGCACCACAAACGUAACGUGCUCCCCGCAAUUAAAAAGGAGAAGAAGAUCAUCGAUAUGGCGGUCAACGGCUGAUCGCAUACAUUCAUCCACCCAUUAACGGAAAACAGCACGUACCCAUUUUGCCCCGUUGAGUACGUACCUACUGAAAUUGAGUACCUACUCAUUUAAUAUGCGAUUUGGGACGCUGCGUGAGAGUGCAAGUUGAUAGGCUGCAGCCAGACCCUUCUCCGAAGGCCUCUACCCUCUACUGUCCAUCUUGCACAAGGAGCCAAUCAAAAGCGGCAGGCGCGACAAUGUGUCGUCACGAGGAAACGUUUUCAAAAUAACAGUCUGGCUAGCUGUACCACUGUACUGUACGUCAUUGCUCGCUAAUUGAACACAUAAAAUCAAAAUGUCUGAAAACAAAAAUGCACCGUGGUCUUGUGAAGAGACUAAUGUGUUGCUUGCGAUAUGGUCUUCCACGGAGAUCCAGGAGAAAUUAAACUCGAAGCACCCGAGGACAAGGAACAGAGUUUACGACGAGAUUCGCCAAGAGAUGUUGAACGGCGGCUUCAGGCGUUCAACAGAGCAAGUCACAAACAAAUUGAAAAAGCUUAGAAAGGAGUACAGGGACCAAAAGAUGAAAGGCAGUAAAAGCAGCAAUAAACACGUAAACUAUGGAGUUUUGGAGUCUGUGUUGGGACACCGACCAGAGAGUCAGUUGACUGGAGCGCUAAAAUCAGAGACGGCCAUGCUUGACACUGACGCUGAAUCUCAAGCCUCUGCAGAUGAUCUUGGCAGCAGAAUGUCGGAGCCCAAAAUUGCCCAGCAAUGGUCUUCAGAGGAAACAAGCGUGCUGCUUGCGAUAUGGUCAUCCACAGUGAUCCAGGAGCAAUUUCAGCACUACAAACGAAAGAAGAAAGUGUAUGAUCUGAUAAGCCAAAAGAUGGCCGAUGCAGGCUUCAGUCGUUCAGCCUUACAAAUUGUAAACAAACUCAAAAAAAUUAAGAAAACUAAUGACAAUGCAAGUAAAACUACUAUUGAACAGAACAAUAAAAAAGCCAGGUAUGAUGUCAUGGAUGCUGUGCUGGAACACCACCUGACUGGGGCGUUGAAUUCAGCAACGGCAAUUCUUGAGAUAAAGACUGAAUCGUCAACGUCCUCUGAGGCCGAUAUUGACUGUUUCGCAGAAAUUGAUGUGGUGCUGGACCAAGCCGAGUCGUCCUUCAGCCCUUCUCAGUCACAACCAAAAAGUUCUCCAAAAAGAACCAGAGUACGGAAAAUAGAUUCAAACCAGGAGCUACUGGAAUACUUAAAAGCAUCCGAUGAACGCUUUAUGGAGCACGCCAAAGAACUUAAUACUGCUAUUCUUAAUAAAAUUGAUGAAGCUACAAAUUCGAUGUUGGGACUACUGGAACGCAUGGUCGCAGUAAUGGAAGGACAGCAGGGAAACAAGCAAUGAACAAAAAAUUAAACAAACACUUUAGCAUUUAAAGUCAGAUUGAAAUCCAAAUGGACCCCCUUCAAACUACAUUCGUAAUACACUUUUUUUGUGCGGUGUUGCACAUUCAACAAAUCGGUUUGCCAACACUUCAAUGGUUUCACAAAAUGCAUUCUGGGAAAAUGGUUUGCUCCAGCUUUCUUUGGAUAUGUCCUUACACCGUGAAAAUCAAGCACCAUCUCCUGAAGAACAGGUGUGGAACAUAAUGGCAGUAAAUGAGGGCUCUAUCCAACCAGCUAUGUCCAAGUUCCCUGCCUGCACCCACCAUGGGCCAAAAAAACAUGCAUCUUAGGUGAACUGUAUUCUAGAUUUGAACCAGCAGUGUCUUCAUUUAAAAAAUGUGUUCUUUAAUCUUAAGAUCAAGGUUAACAUACUCUUGUUUUGCCUGUUUCCUAUUAAUCUUUCAGGCACUAAAGGUUGUUUGACCUGAUUCUGCACGGAUCACUCCUAGAAGGAUACGACAUACCUGAGCCCUCACUACCAGACAUUCUCAGUUCAGACUUUCAAAGCUUCAUCCUGAUGUAUUUUUUAACAGAACACAGAAUUUCUUUUACACACAUGUGUACCCAAUUGU